GGCUUUUUGAUAGGCACCAAAAAAUCAAACAGUCGCAACAAAAACCACCGUUUCUUCCAUCCUCAACAGUGUCUUCUUCAACUUUGCCUGAGAUUUCUGCAAUAACACAUACAACAAUCAACUGAUUUGUCAUGUAAUUGGAGGAUUAAUUGUCAAAUAUAAACAGAAAUUUGAAAGAAAGUGAUAAGAUUUAAGGGUAGAAGAGACAAAUGAGGGUGUCUACUUUCACGGCAGAGAGAAUCGAUUCUAUAAAAAUUGAGUUUGGAAAUACAAACGUACGACGGCGUUGAGUGUUGGUGGAGAACCAAACACCUUGAAAUUGCUUUUGCCAAGCAGAACAAAGAGUUUGACCGUUGAGUUGUAUUCCCGCCAGCCCAGCCAGGUAUCGUUCCUUUCAAACCGGAUGUCAUGUCAUGUCAUCGUCAUCAAUGAGCAGCAGCAGUAAAAGCACGGCUUCCAACUUUGAGAACCCUCCACCACCACCCACUUCCCUUGAUUUAUGGUCACAAAUCGUCGCCGAAGAAAACCAACACUACGAUAAUCAAAUCGACAUCGUUUUCCGCAGAAGAAAACCUCGCAAUGACCCAAAUAAUGUUAACUCAAAAAACUCCCAUGAUAUUCCCCGGCGUCCAAGUCGAGUGAGUUUCGCUGACCCAAUUAAGAGAGUUAGUUGGAAACGCUCUCUCUCUACCAGAGGGAGGACAAGUAUAGCAGUUGGUGCUUCUUUGGUUUACCGACCUGAGCUAAAGAAAGACCGAAGAAAAGGCAAACCACCUACUCAUCCCAAAGGAAAUAAUGCUAAACCUGCAAAUUUUGAUAAGGAGAGAUUGUACUUUCAAGAGGUUGAUGCUUUUGAGUUGAUGGAGGAGAGUCCCUCUCCGAAAAAAGUUGGCUCAUGGAUUGCUGGCAAUGUGACGGAUGAUGUCCCAUUACCAUCAAUAUGCUCCAGAUUAGAAAAAUGGUUACAUGCCAGAAGAUUAAACCCCAGAAGCGGUCCCUCUAGCACACUAUCCAAGAUCCUUGACACCCCAACAAUGAAAUUAGAAACCAUUUAUGAUCGCAAUGAUUCAGAUUUCAGAUUGAGAUCAUUGGAUCGAAGUGAAAUGGAAUUCGAAACUAUUUAUGAUCUUGAUCACAGUUCUUCAGACUUCAGAUUGAGAUCAAUGGAUCAAAGUGAGCUAAGCAAUUCACAAUUACAGAAUUUAAAAACCAGAGAAACUAGAAGUUCAAACGAUGCAAUUCUUAUUAGGAGUGAAAGCUGCGAAGAUAUUGAAGCUGGUGUAAAGAAACUUUCUCUGACAUCAACAUCAUCCUCAUUUGAUGACCAUAAUAAUUCGUUUGCUGUUCUAUUAGAAACUUGUGGGCAGUCUGCACCAUCCAUGUUAGAGGAUCUGUUUUCUCGGUAUAGUGGUUCAGAAACAGUUGUGAAAGUUGGUGAAGGAACAUAUGGAGAGGCUUUUAAGGUUGGGAAUUGUGUAUGCAAAAUAGUUCCUUUUGAUGGGGACUUCAGAGUGAAUGGAGAAGUCCAAAAGAGAUCGGUAGAAUUGCUGGAGGAGGUGUUUCUUAGCCAAACUCUUAAUCAAUUAAGAGGAAGUGAUGGAGUUUCUAAUAAUCUAUGCAGAACAUUCAUAGAAUCCAUAGAAUUUAGGGUGUGCCAAGGUCUUUAUGAUGCGGACCUGAUUCGAGCAUGGGAAGAUUGGGAUCGCAAGCAUAAUUCAGAGAAUGAUCACCCAAAGGAGUUUCCAGAGCAACAGUGUUACAUGGUCUUCGUACAACAACAUGGGGGCAAGGAUCUUGAAAGUUUUGUGCUCCUUAAUAUUGACGAGGCAAGGACUUUACUGGUUCAGGUUGCAGCUGGGCUUGCUGUGGCUGAGUCUGCAUUUGAAUUUGAACAUCGAGAUCUUCACUGGGGAAAUAUACUUGUCAGCCGAAGUGAUGAUUCUGCAACGUUGCAGUUCACUCUUGACGGCAAAAACUUGUUAGUCGAAACGUAUGGAUUAAUAAUAUCUAUUAUUGACUUCACUCUAUCAAGAAUAAGCACAGGUGGUAGCAUACUGUUCUUAGAUCUUUCCUCCGAUCCUGACCUAUUUAAAGGCCCAAAAGGAGACAAACAGUCGGAAACAUAUCGGAGGAUGAAGGCGGUGACUGAAGAUUGGUGGGAAGGAAGUUUCCCUAAAACAAAUGUGUUAUGGUUGGUCUACUUGGUAGACAUACUCCUCACGAAGAAAUCAUUUGAACGAACUUCAAAGGAUGAGAGAGAUCUACGCUCCUUGAAGAAACGUCUUGACAAGUAUGCUUCGGCCAAGGAAGCAAUUCUUGAUCCUUUCUUCACCAACAUGUUUGUUGAGUCUGACAUGGCUUAACAAGAUAAACUGCUGCUAUUUACUUGUUAAUUAUGACAGGAGUUAGUAGAGCUGGUGAUUUUUUUGUUAACUUGUUAGAUUUCUAGCUCAUCUUUUUGUAUAUAUGCAUCCCUGGUUUUAAACUUAUACGGGAUCAACAUAAUUUACUGGGAUUAAUUUAAAUUUCAACUAAUGUAGGAAUGUGUUAAAAAAUGUAUUUCAUUCAUGUUUUUUUCCCUUUAUUAA